AUGUCUACAUCAGACAAUUGGACACACCAUUAUGAUACUGAAGAAAUCGCUAUCUAUCUUGGUAUACCCAUUCUUUUUACUGGAGUUCUUGGUGGAAUUCUCAAUAUCCUUGUUUUCAUGAGUCUUAAAACAUUUCGACAAAGUUCAUGUGCUUUCUUUUUAACAAUCAUGUCAUUUGUUAAUAUUGGUCAAUUACUAUUAAGUCUACUUAGUCGUAUUAUGAUUACUGGAUUUAAUGCUGAUUGGACAGACUAUUCAUUGGCUUUUUGUAAGUUUAGAAAUUAUUUUCUUCAAGUAUGUUCAUUGACAUCAUAUACAUGUAUGUGUUUGGCAACUAUCGAUCAAUUCUUGGCUACUUCACUUCAUGUUCACUGGCAACAAUUUUUUAAUAUUAAAAAAGCCUAUAGUCUGUGUGUAUUAUUCUUUAUUUUUUGGCUUCUUCACGGCAUUCCAACAUUGAUUUGGUACAAUUUGAGUUUACUACCUACCACAGGAAAAUUAAUCUGUACAAUAACAAACCCAGUUUUUGAGCUGUACAUUGCGUAUGGUUAUUUACUUAUUCUAACUGCUAUUUUACCAAUUUGUAUAACAGUUUUAUUUGGAUUUUUGGCAUAUUGGAAUGUCAGACAAAUACCUUAUCGAACAGUUCCAUUGUUUCGACGUGAAUUAGAUAAACAAUUAACAUCAAUGGUUCUCGUUCAAGUUGUCUUUAAUUGUAUUAUUAUUUUACCAUACAUCAUAUGCCUGUUUCUGGUUGAUACUGUGAAUCCAAAUACUGUGUCAAUCAAUAUUUCUGAUUUGAAUUUUGCCCAAAAUAUUAGCACUAUAAUUUAUUAUUUAUAUUUUGCGGUGAGUAUGAGCAGUUAA